AAUCGAUAACGUCAUUUUGGCCAACAAUCUGCUGUAAGAUGGCUUCCACGGCCGUGAUCGCUCCGACGGGAGUGCAGCAUAUUCAGGUUGUUUUCAUGAAAAGCAGCGUCGUCGUGAAAUCUAUUUGUGGUGUAAUCAUCUUUAUGUAUUUAUUAACAUUCCUGGCUAACAAUGAGAAAUAUUUGGAAGCUCUUUCGGUGACUCCGGGCCUCAUAUUUCCACCAAGUUUUCGCGUCUGGACGUUGUUUACACACCCGUUCAUUGAAGUGCAUCUGUGGCUUGUAUUCCACGACGUGGCUCUCGUGUUAAUAUGCGGCAGACUCAUUGAACCACUGUGGAGUGCUCUUGAAAUGCUGAUUUUCUUCGCUAUUGUAUCAGUCGGUUCAGCGAUCAUCACUUCAUUUCUUUAUUUGUUUAUGUACCUAUCAACUGUAAAUAUUACAUAUCUUUUUGAUACACACAUAUUUGGACUCGCUGGUUAUGCAGGAGCAGUUACAAUCGCUCUCAAACAGUCGAUGGGAGAUGCGGAAUUACCGCCCAAAGCUGCAAGAUUGAGAGUGCACCAUCUCCCAGCUUUGCUCCUCGUAUCAUCAUUAUUGCUUCGAUUUAUAGGAAUUGUACCACCUACACAUCCAUUUAUGCUAUUAACAGGUAUGCUGACAGGAUGGGUGUAUCUUCGGUUUUACCAGAAACAAUCGGAUGGAAGCAGAGGAGACAUGACGGACACAUUCUCAUUUGCAAGUUUCUUCCCAGAAGUUAUUCGACCACUUAUUGCUAUCCUAGCAAACACAGUUCACAGUUUUCUUGUAAAGAUCAAGGUGUGUAAAAAGCAAGUAAGGAAGUAUGAUGUUGGUGCACCUUCUCCAAUCACAAUUAGUCUACCUGGUACAGACCCUGCAGAUGCAGAAAGGAGAAGGCAAAUAGCGUUAAAAGCCUUGAACGAACGACUGAGUAAGGUUGAGGAACAGACCGCAUGGCCUAGCAUGGACGAACAGCUCUCAUCAACAGAUCCAGCCUCGCCAGCUCCUUCAAGUAUUUCACUCAUGAGUGAUGCUAACCCCAAGGACAGUGUCGAGAUCAAUCUAGAUGAUCCUAGAACGAGUGUUAAUGCUUAGGAUUCAAGUGGAGAAAAGACUGGACAUUUCAUAAAGUUGUACCCUGUAUGAAAACAAACUUUACAAAGAGACUUUAAUUAUGGAAAGCCAUGUCAGACCCCUCCAAACAUAUAUUUUUUGGUAGUGAUUUUUUACCCAAUCGCUAAGAAAGCACGAGUGCUUGUAAGCAUGCAACCUGAGGACUGCCAGCUUAUGGUCCUCUCUCCGAUGGACUUGGUAAUGAAGAUUACUGCCUUUCCAAAGGGCAUAAGCGCACCAAGUGGGAUUUGAACCUGGGUCACUGGAAUCGAGAACCCCCCGUUCUACCAACUGAGCUAUCGUGCAGGCUAUCAUUUGGCCUUAUAUUGAAUAUGUUGAAUUAUGGGGAAUAUCUAUCUUGUAUUGUUACCAAACAAAUAUAAUGUAAAUUGUAUUUUUGGUUUUAUUAAAAAGCUAUCCAAGUUUGGUUUUAGAUGAAAACUCUCUUUUUAAAACAUAAUUUUAUAUUAUUUUCGUUUGAAUUAUUUCAUUUUUUUUUCAUUGGUGCAGAAAAUUUUCAUAGGCUUUCCAUACUUCAACUCCUUUGUAAUGGCAGCUGUAUCAAACAUAUUCAGAUGAGUUUUAUUUCUUAAAGUAAUUAAUAGAACAGAAUAUAUUAUUUGCAAGCUGUCUUUAUUCCUGCAGGAUAUUUUGAAUUUAAAGGCUUUGGCUGAGAGCUUUAUGACCUGGACAAAUUUUAGUUGAUAACUUCAAUUACAGUAUGUGGUUCUACUGGAUAAUUUCAUUGAAAAUAUGAAAUGAAAAUUAAAUUAUGGAGUAGAUUGAGAACUUGGGACAGAUAAAAGCAAUUUGAUUCUAAUUGAGAUGUUGGCUACGUCAGGUAGUAUGUAGUAUGAUAUUGGCUUUAUUCAUACAUGUAGUGUUAACAGAGUAUUUUGCAAUUUUUGUAUGAAGGUGAUCAUUUGGGUUAAAUGAUCUGUCUGUUUGAGCAAACACCUAACAUGUAUUAUUUUGUGCUUUACAUAUGGCUAUGCUGAAUAGGUAUGAAUUUACUUUGCGAAUCUGUCAUAGUUUCUGCGCUUUUAUCUGCAAAUAAUUGAAUGUAUUUGCUUUAUGUAACCAGAAAUGAAUGUAAAAGGUUUCAGUUUCCUGAACAGGAGCAAGAACAUAUUUUAAGAAAUACUGGUAAUGAUUAUACCAAUACUGUAUUAUGCAUUUAGGUGAAACAUCCCAUGUUUGUUUACAAAUCAGCUUCCUAAAUGAAAAAUGAUAUAAAGCUGAGGUGUGAUCACCUCAUCUUACAUUGGCGAUGUGAUUUUGUAGUUCUUAAAAAUUCACAGGUCUGUCUUUAUAUUUGUUUAAAAACCCCCACUUAAUUUACCGUCACCACUGUCUGGCACGACCAUUGUGGCUUUGGUGCAGUGAUUGAUGUUUUGCAAAACAUGAUUUUGGAUUAUUUUUAAUUUUUCCCCUCCAGAAAAAUAAUCCAAAUUGGAAAUGGUAAAUUUAACAUUUUACACUAAGAACAUGUUUAGAUUGUAAUCACUAAAACUCGUAUUUUCAGCAGUUUUCCUUAUUUCCCUAAUAAGAUGUACUUGACGCUUUCAACCCAGUUACUCUCUGAUUUCAUAGGUUGCAUACAUUUUUCAUAAAAUUGAUUUCAUUGUUCUUAUUUGCCCAAUCCAUUGUCCCAAAGACAUACAUUUCUACAAGUGCCAUUUAACACUAGCUGUUUCUCUUGUUGUUUAUACUUUAUGACUUAUUUAUGAAACAUUCUUUAAUUAUGUAUUCUCUUCUGUUUUAAUGAACUGUAAUCAUAGACUACUAAUACCUACCUUUCCGUGUGUACAUGUAUGUUAAUGUAUUUACACAAAAUGUAAAUUUUAUGUUAUGUAAAUUGUUAUUUCUGUAUUUUUUAAGAAAUCAACUCUGCAGUUCAUGCAUAUACUUGUAACAUAUUUUCUCAUCUCACAUUUUAUAAUACAACACACACACUUAUGGAGUAAAAAUGUACUUCAGACCUGCCAAC